AUAAAGCAAUGAUAGUAUUCAUUCAGACAAGAAUAAAGUUGAAGUAUUGUUAUCUUAGACUUUUGUGAGAGUACAAAAAUUAAAAAUGUCGAUUAAGUGAAAAAAUGUGUAUUGAAGAAAAGUUAAGUUUUUUUAUAUACUGUCAAUUAUAGUUUGUGGAUAUAUAAUCGGAAUGGGCAUCGGCUGGUUUCACUUAUAAUAAAAUCGGAAAUCGGAAUCGGCAAAGAAAAUUGCAAUCGGUGCAUCUCUAGUUUUAUGUCACAAUUAGUGUAAGAAAGCAUUUUCUUAGGUUAAGACUCUUAACAUUGAAGUGAAAUGUGACUUUGAUCAGAAGACCUUUAUAAAAAUGUUAGUUUUAUAGUUUUGUAAAUUGAUUAUAACAAAAGUACGAUUUUUUUCUUUUAUGUAAAAUAAAAAUACUAUUUUUAAUUAAAGAUAUGGAGUUAGAGUUCAACAAAACUGAUUUUAUACUACAUUUGUAAUCUACAUUUGUAAUCUCUUCCGGCGAACAGAUCUCUUUGCUUUUGUGGACCUUAAUUAAUGUUGUUUCAUUGACAAAAUGUUAAAAGCACUCUCACUUGCAAGUUUCUUUAUAGAUAAAACGUCUGCUGAGUUCUUCUGCUUUAGUGGGGGUUCGCAAAUGGAUAAUAUCCACCACUUAAUAAAUGUAAACGUGAUUGUUAUACUGAUUAACUGAAUGAGGUGGGUGGGAAAGGUUUUUAAAAACAGAUGUUACGUGUUAAGAAGUCCCUUAAAAUGCAGUAAAUACAUUUAAUAGAACCAAAGAACACAGUUAAGAGCACCAGUAUAAUGUAACAAUACAACACAACUAACAGGAGAAACACAUGGUAUAUUCACAAACUUUAAGGGUUAACAAGACUCACAUGGGAGACAAUCAACUGGGAGCCAAUGAACAAAAAUAACUGUCGAUGCCCUAUCCGUCCCAGAAACACGAUUCGUUCCGCGCAUGCGCGAAAGUGCGUCUACUACCGGGCGAAACAAUUUACCGCAGUUUUAAAAAAAAAGUAUUUGACACAACUCGUUCCAUAGCGGCACUUAGCAUCAAAAGACAUGAAACAAUGAAUACCAAUGAAAAUACAAUAUAAACAAUUGAUGUGUCAUGAGUGAGAAAUAUUUUUUAUUUCUACAAUAUUUUACUUAUAUUUAGAAAAACGAAUUUACAAUAGCUUUUAUUAGUGAUUCUCUUUUUUUGGCAAAAUAUGUCACGUUAAUAUGUGGCACAAAUUGUUACCCAAAUUGAAUAAUAUAUAUUUUUAUUAUUAUUAUUAAAUAUUAUUAAAUAUUAUUAUUUUAAGUUAUGCUGUACAUAUUUUAGAGUAGGCCUACUUUAACAAAUGUCUCUAUUUAAGAAACACACAGAAUUUUCUGAAUUCAUUCAAUUUAUUUAUUUUAUAAAUCUGCACCUUCCCUUCUUAAGUCAUUUAUUCACUCACUAUACCUCCCUCCAUCCCUGCUUCCCUCAGACACAUACAAAUCAAAGAUAUUUUUUCACUCAACCUGAGCCUAUUUAUCUAAAAAGGGGGUUGACUAUUCAACCCCUGCCCUUAUCCCACCCUCAACUCUCCCUCCAACCCACAAGGGAUAGCUUAAGCACUUUAGGUGGGCAUGGCUUAAGUGUGUUAUAUACACCAUGUCACCUAAAAGUAAUGCAGAGUAUACAUUUUCACCUGUUCAUUGACCAUAAAAUCAUUCCUUCUGUCACCCCGCCAGUCUUGAAUAUUUCAAUAUGGAUCUUUUAUCAGCAUUGAAGACAAAUCUAUUAUCUCUUGUAAUGGGAGUCUUGGUUUUGUUAUUGCUGUGGAACAGUCGAAGUAAGAGUUGGUACGCACGGCUACCUCCAGGACCCCGUCCUUUACCAUUGGUGGGAAAUUUGUUUGAGUUUCGUUUGAAAGAAUCAUACAAAUAUUACAUGGAGCUCAGUAGAAAGUACGGCUCUGUGGUUACCAUCUGGUUGUCAACCACUCCUGUGGUCAUCAUUUCUGGACAUCAUGCCCUGAAGGAAACCAUGAUUGGUCUUGGUGAGGAAUUCAGUGGCAGGUUCAGCUAUCCUCUGAUCAUGAAAUCUACAUUUGGAUAUGGUGUUUUGUCGACCAGUGGACACAGGUGGAGGGAGAUGCGCAAGUUCUCAAUAAUGACCCUAAAGAAUUUUGGAAUGGGUCGCAAGAGCAUUGAGCAAAACGUCCAAGACGAGGCUAAGAAUCUCUUAAAAAUGAUAAAAAACCGUGAAGGCGUUGUAUUCAAACCUGCAGACUUGUUGGCCAAUUCUGUGGCCAAUGUGAUCUGCAGCAUCGUGUUUGGUCGUAGAUUUGAAUUUGAAGAUCCACAAUUUCAGCUUCUACUUCAGACACUAAAUUCGUUCUUCAGUAUCCUCAAUAGCCCCCUUGGACAGAUAUAUAAUAUUUUCCCCAGGCUAGUUAGUCUCUUGCCAGGUAAACACCAUGAGAUGUUCAGAAACUUGGAGAAGGCCAGAGAAUUCUGUAGGCGUGAGGCAAAGGCACGAAUUAAUAAUGUGGAGGAUCCAUCGUGUCCACGGGACCUCAUUGAGGCAUUUGUGUUAAAAAUGGAAGAGGAAAAAGACAAACCUGACACAGAGUAUCAUUUUGAAAACUUGGUGUCGUUGAUAUGGAACAUGUUCAGUGCCGGCACAGAAACCACCUCGUCCACCAUCAGGCAAGCUUUCCUUGUCAUGAUGAAAUACCCAGAUGUUCAAGAGCGUGUUCAGAAAGAAAUAGAUGACAUUAUUGGACAGGAACGGUACCCAUCCAUAGAAGACAGGCAGAACCUGCCGUAUACUGAUGCUGUCCUUCACGAAAUCCAGCGCAGCAUGGAUCUCGCACCCAUCGCUCUCCCUCACAAGAUGAUGCGUGACACUGAAUACAAUGGCUAUGUCAUUCCUGAGGGAACCGUGGUUUUUCCACUGAUAUCUUCUGUGCUUGCUGACCCUGAGCUUUGGAAGAACCCAAACUGCUUUGAUCCAGAAAACUUUCUGGAUGAAAAUGGACGAUUUAAGAAGAAUGACGCAUUCGUUGUGUUCGGCAUGGGGAAGCGUGCGUGUCUCGGCGAGGCGCUUGCCAGGUUAGAAUACUUUCUCUUCUUCACUAUCCUGCUACAACGCUUCACCUUCAAAGCCACAGUGCCACCAGAGGAGCUUGACAUAACUCCAAUCAACUGCAGUUUUGGCCGACAGCCCCUCAAUUAUGAGUGCUAUGUCUUUUCCAGGACAUAGAGGUCACAAAAGUCUAAAGAUUAAUCACAGUUGCACAGAAAAGUUGAACCAAACAUAAAACAUUUAAGUGAAAAAAGGGAACGUUUAAGGCUUUUAUUACACAUUCCUGAUUGUAUUGUGUAGCGGUAAUUCUGGCAUGUUAUGCACAACAGAUCAACACAAAAACAUUCAACAUAUCUGUUUGAUGCUUUAAUGCAAAUAAAUAUGUCCAAAACUGUA